AUGAUGUCAGCUCUAAAUGACACCAAAUUCAACUCUGCAGUGUUCCUUCUCACCGCAAUACCUGGGCAGGAAGACAUCCAUCUCUGGAUCUCUAUCCCUUUCUGCUUAAUGUAUGUUAUUUCAAUAGUAGGAAAUUCAGUCAUUCUGUUCAUUAUAAAAACAGAUCCAAGACUCCAUGAGCCUAUGUACAUUUUCCUUUCCAUGUUGGCUGUCACAGACCUUGGCUUAUCGAUAGCCACCAUACCGACAAUACUGGGCAUAUUGUGGUCUAACUCUAGGGAGAUCAGUUUCAAUGCUUGUUUAGCGCAGCUGUUCUUCAUCCACUCGCUUUCAUUCAUUGAAUCCUCUGUGCUCCUGUCUAUGGCCUUUGACCGCUUUGUUGCGAUUCGUGACCCUCUGAGAUAUGCUUCUAUCUUAACCCCACCUAGAAUAGCCAAGAUUGGACUGGUGUUUGUUCUAAGAGGAGUGGCCUUAAUAUUCCCGCUCCCCUUUCUCCUGAAACGGUUCCAAUACUGUCGAGCCAAUGUCCUCUCCCAUUCCUACUGCCUGCACCAGGAUGUCAUGAAGAUAGCUUGUUCAGACAUCACGGUCAACAGCAUCUAUGGCUUGUUCAUAAUAAUCUCCACAGUUGGUUUGGACUCACUACUUAUCCUCCUAUCUUAUGUGAUGAUCCUCAAAACAGCACUAAGCAUUGCGUCCCACGCGGAGCGUGUCAGGGCCCUGAACACCUGCGUCUCCCACCUCUGUGCUGUCCUGCUCUUCUAUACGCCAAUGAUUGGCCUGUCUGUGAUACACAGAUUUGGGAAGGGCUCCUCUCCCUUGCCUCAGAUUUUCCUGGGUUACAUCUACUUGCUGGUCCCGCCCCUGAUGAACCCAAUUGUGUACAGUGUGAAUAGCAGACUUCUUCGUGCGAGGAUAAUCAGGGUGUUCGUCAAGUGA